UGGCCGCCGUGGGCCGGGAGAGGACCCCGGGAGGCCACCGAGGUUCCGUCCCGGGCGCUGGCGAACGAGCGGCGAUGAACGGGUCGCUGGGCCGGGCGGCAGCGGCCGUGCUCCGCUGGGGCCGCGGCGCGGGCGGCGGCGUCCCGCUGGCUCCCGGCGUGCGGGCGGCGGGCUCGGGCGCGGGCGGCGGCCAGGCGGAGCGGCUGGACGGGCUGGUGAAGAAGGACAAGGUGGUGGUCUUCCUCAAGGGGACGCCGGAGCGGCCCCAGUGCGGCUUCAGCAACGCCGUGGUGCAGAUCCUGCGGCUGCACGGCGUCCGCGACUACGCGGCCUACAACGUGCUGGACGACCCCGAGCUGCGGCAAGGCAUUAAAGAUUACUCCAACUGGCCCACCAUCCCACAAGUGUACCUCAACGGCGAGUUUGUGGGGGGCUGCGACAUUCUUCUGCAGAUGCACCAGAACGGGGACCUGGUGGAAGAGCUGAAAAAGCUGGGGAUCCGCUCCGCCCUCCUUGACGAGAAGGACCAGGACUCCAAGUGAGACACCGCGGGCUGCGGGGCAGAGACCCACUGCCUUUGGAAGAGCCUUACCACGCCGUGUGCCACAGCCGCCCGCCCGCCUGCCUGCCUGGCCGCUGCCCGCCACGAGCAGGCCAACUCAGCGUGUGCUCUUUGCGUGAGAUUGUCCCGUUGUGACCUUCACAACCCCACGCUGUAACAAUUCAUGUGUGGACACAAUUCUUUCUGGCGUUGUCUUCUUCGUGGCCCGUCUGAAGUGUGUUAGUCACUUGGCAAAGAUGCUAUAGCCUCUCCCCGCCUCCCCCAAUUGUUUUUGUAACUUCUUCUAUGCAGAAAAAUGAUGGACAAAGAAGAGAAUGUGGUAGCUGGGGUGUCCUUUUUAAAAAUAAACUGCCAGCUCAGCGAA